GCCAGCCCCAGCCCGGAGGGGAGGGUGCCCCGGGGGGCAGACCGGCCAUGCUGGGGUCAGGCGCUAGGGCAGGGCAAAGGCACGAGGAGCGAAUGCUCUUCCCCCUCCAGCACCCUCACUCUGUUCCUCAACAGGAUGCAAUGAAGCUGCCUAAGAACACGCCGGAGGAGAGAGAAAAGCGCACAGCUGCUAUGCAGCAGGGGCUGAAGCGGGCCGUGGACGUGCCCUUCGCGCUGGCGGAGAAAGUGACUGCCUUGUGGCCCACGCUGAGAGAGAUGGCUCGGUACGGGAACCUCGCCUGCAAAUCCGAUCUCCAGGUACUGGCCGUGGCGCUGGCAGAGGAGUGCAGCACAGGCUGCCAGAGGUGCCGCAGCGGCCUGGGGCUCCUGCUGCAUUUGGGCAGGUCACUUCGGCCAAUGGUUUCUGAGCUGGCCGCUGAUUUUAGCUGCCUAAAUUGCCGGCGGAUUCUCCCUGGCCAUCGCCCUCUCUGCCUCGGUUUCCUAGUCUGUGGGGUGGGCAGGGAUGCUUCCCUUCCUCGGAGAAGUACAGGGGAGAAGGGCCACCUGCUGGGACGUGGGGGCGUGUUUGGGGCCUCUUUCAACGUGGUCACCAACCUGAAAGACGUUGCGGACGAAGCCUUCAGGGAGGAGGUUGGUCGCCCUUCAGCCAUGCCCCAGGCCCUCGCUGGGGACACGCGGCCCUGA